CCAGAGACCCGGUCUAUGAUGAACAACAACGAGCCGCGCAGUAAAGUAGGACUUCUCGACUAUGAGGUCAACUCUAUCACUAAAGUGCUGUUCGCAGCCGUCGUUAUAUUAGCCUUUGCUAUGAUUUGUUUGAAAGGUUUCAAUGGCCCGUACUUUAGAUAUUGGUUUCGUUUUGUACUUUUAUUUUCGUAUAUUAUACCCAUUAGUCUGAGGGUUAACCUCGAGAUGGGAAGAGUUGUCUACUCUUAUAUGAUUCAACGCGAUAUGGAAAUACCGGGAACACUGGUGCGCACCACUACUAUCCCCGAAGAUUUGGGUCGAAUCGCGUAUUUAUUGACUGAUAAGACGGGAACUCUGACCAGAAAUGAGAUGGUGUUCAAGAAAAUCCAUUUGGGAAAGAUAUCCUAUAGUCCCGAGUAUUUCGAUGAGUUGUCAGCCCUAUUGAGAGCCGCAUAUACGCCACAACCGCCGCAGUCCAACAACUACCAGACCCAUAAGCGCGACAGUUCCACAGCCAGCACCGCCAGCUUUACGGCCCGCCAAUACCAGCCCAGACAUAUGAGAGUGGACUCAUACGAAGUGGACAGGGAUAGCGUCUACAGAGUCCAACAGGCAGUGCUUGUGAUCGCUUUGUGUCAUAACGUGACGCCGUCCUACGAGAACGGAUCCAAUCCCUACUCAGACAGCGUUGACCUCUCCAAACCCCCCAUAGAGUCAGACUCCGUGUCCAUACCACUUAUGCCCCGAGGAAUCACAUACCAGGCCUCCAGUCCCGAUGAGGUGGCACUCGUGCAGUGGACUGAGAAGUUAGGUCUGGCGCUGGUAUACCGCGACUUGACGACAAUGAAGCUCCGGAACCCCAACGGAAAUCUCAUGGGUUUCGAAAUUUUACAAAUAUUUCCGUUCAGUUCGGAAACGAAACGAAUGGGUAUUAUAGUGAGAGACCAGACAAACGACGAGAUUAUGUUCCUAUUGAAAGGGGCCGACUCUGUCAUGUCCUCCAUCAUUGUGUACAGCGAUUGGCUUCAGGAACAGUGCGAUAAUAUGGCGCGUCAGGGGCUCAGGACACUAGUCGUCGCCAAAAAGACACUGACAGACGAACAGUACUCGGAGUUUGAGACCCGAUAUAAUCAGGCGAAGUGUUCGAUGAGUGACCGCAACGCCAAGAUUAGUGCCGUUUUGGCUAAUCUCGAGAAGGAUAUGGAGCUCCUGUGUCUCACCGGUGUUGAGGAUCGGCUGCAGGAAGGAGUGGCGACAACACUGAAGGGUCUGCAGGACGCGGGCAUAAAGCUCUGGAUGUUGACGGGAGACAAACUCGAGACGGCUAUCAGUAUCGCGAAGUCGUCGCAAUUGGUGAAGAAGAUGCAGGAGUUCUACGUCUUCCGACCCGUUAAGAACCGCACGGAAGCGCACCUCGAGUUGAAUAACUUCCACCGCAAGAGCGACUGUCCUCUGGUGAUCCGGGGCGAGGACCUGGAGCUGUGUAUGAAGUUCUACUCGACUGAGUUCAUGGAGCUGGCGUGUCAAUGCCCGGCCGUCGUGUGCUGCCGGUGCUCACCCACACAGAAGGCAGAGGUGGUCAAACUGAUCCAGAACCGGACGGGCAAACGGACGUGUGCUGUGGGCGAUGGAGGCAACGACGUGUCGAUGAUACAGACGGCCGACGUGGGGGUCGGUAUUGUGGGGAAGGAGGGACAACAGGCCUCACUCGCCGCCGACUUCUCGAUACUCCAGUUCAGUCACAUCUAUCGUCUAAUUCUACUGCACGGCCGCUACAGCUAUAAACGGUCGGCCACUUUGAGUCAGUUUAUUAUCCACAGAGGGCUCAUCAUAUCGACACUUCAGGCCAUCUUCUCGUCCGUCUUCUACUUCGCGUCUGUGGCCUUAUAUCAGGGCUUUUUGAUGAUAGGCUACGCCACGGUCUACACGAUGUUCCCGGUGUUCAGCAUCGUUUUGGACAAAGACGUGUCGCCGCGUCUAGUCAUGCGUUACCCCGAACUCUACAAACUGAUGAAAGGGCGGUCCCUGUCGUACAAGACGUUCUUCAUAUGGGUGUUGAUCAGUAUAUACCAGGGUGGGGUCAUUAUGUACGGCGCUAUGUUGCUCUUCAACGACGAGUUCAUACAUGUGGUCGCCAUCACCUUCACGGCAGUCAUUCUCACUGAGCUACUGAUGCUGGCGCUGACGGUGCGCACGUGGCACUGGCUCAUGAUAGUGGCCGAACUCAUAUCCCUGUCCACAUACCUGUUGACACUGAUAGUGGCGCCGCAGUAUUUCGACGAGAAGUUCAUCCAAACGCGUGCUUUCCUAUGGAAAGUGACUCUAUUGACGGUCGUGUCGUGUCUACCCCUCUAUAUCCUGAAGUUCGUGCACCGGAAGAUCGCACCGCCCAGUCAUUCGAAGCUCACCUAAAUUAGUCCCUCACCCCCAACACCCCAGUGGGCGCCCACACACUCACAAGCGAACCCAUUUUGAAUACUUUUUUUUAUAUAACUCAUUGUUUUUCACGCAUAGUUUUAAAUGUAAAUUUAAUAUUUAUUUUUAAUAUUACCCGAACUCUGAUAAACGUAACGAUUGUUAUAAUUAUAA